CGUCUGGCAGUCUCUUUUAAGAGACUAGUUGAUAAAAUACCGAUAUCCUAAGUAAACGAUUUGAUUAAAUCAUACUUGGAGAAUAGAAAUUUGGUAAGAAAACUUGAGAUCGGAACAAACAUUAAAAUUACACCAAGGUUUUUCUCCCAUCAUCUUUCGGAACGGAAAAAGACACUCCGUUUCAGAGAGAGAAAGAAAAAAGAGCGCCAAGCGGAGAAGAUAGGAGAGAGAGAGAGAGGAAGAGAAUUCUCAGGCGACCAAGAGUUUUAAUAUCCUUCGGGGAAAGAUUCCUGGAUCUGCAUUCAAUUGUUCUUGAUUGAUUUGGUUUUUGGCGUUGAUAACUGGAACAAGAUUGGCGAAAUUGCAGUAUGAGCAUCAAUAGCCCCGGAAAAGGGGAGAAUUAGGGUUUCUGAAACAUAGAAGCGGAAAGCUUUGGACUUCCAUGGGUGAUGGAGGUGUUGCAUGCGUGGCUUUGCAACCAAUUAUGGACAAGUUUUCUGGUUCUGAUACAUUUUGUAGUACCAACAACAACAGCAAUGGUAAUUUGGACAACAAACCUAUCAAGAAGACUCCUCUUAAGAGGAUGAAACUCAAGAGAGAUGCAUUUUUCAAAAAGGAAGAGCCCAAACCGGUUGUUGUUGCAGACAAAGUUAAGAGCAGUAGUGAAGUUGUAACAGUACAAAAUGGCAAAGACGAGGUAGAAGAAGGUGAAUUGGGAACUCUGAAGUCACCUUUCAAAAGAGACGUUGAGAAUGGCGAAUUGACUCCUGAUAAAGGAAAAGGUGAGAUUAGUACUGUUAAUGACAGGUGGAGGAAAGAAGAAGUAGUAGACAGAGAAUGGCGAAAUCCUGAACCAGAAAGAUAUGAUCAGCAUUCUGGGAGAUUCCGUACCAGUGAUAUUGUUCUUAAGAGGGAUCGAUUCCUGGAGAAGUAUAGGAAGGGAGAUUACGAGAAAGCUGAGUUAUGCUCAUGGAGAAACUUCAAAGAUGAAGUUGAGAAAGGGGAAUUUAUCCCUGAUAGAUGGCAUAAAGGAGAUUAUGUUAAGGAUGAGUAUGUUUACUCAAGGGGGUGUCGAUAUGAUAGAAGUAGAGAAAGAGAACGACGGUAUGAACGUGAUUGGACACCGUCUUCACAUAAGUAUUCAGCUGAGGAUGUCUCUCCAGGUAGGGAGUUUAAUAGAAGUGGUAAUCAUCGACAUUUCAAGAGGGCUGCAAGGUGGGAAGCCAACCAAGAAUGUAACUACCCGAAAUCGAGCUGGAAAUUUGUAGAUGACUUACCUUAUAAGGAUGAUCAUGGCCAUGGCAGGAGCCAAGCUAGAGAGUACAAUUCUGGCGCUAGAUUUAAACGACAUGGCACUGAUUCAGAAAGCAGUGAUCGCAGGCCUUAUGAUGAUUAUGGGGAUUAUAAGAGUUCCAAAAGCAGAAGGAUAUCAAAUUCAGAGCAUUACUCACGUCAGUCUAAUGAGAGUAAAUCAUGUAGAAAUUCGAAUUCAUCCAGGUUUGUUUCUGAUAGGUUGUCAUUGCGCCAUUAUGAUACUGGUUCUACAAGAGGGACUUAUGACAGGCAGAGGCGUAGCCCUAGUUAUUCUGAAAGGUCUCCACGUGAGAGAGCAUUGCAUCAUGAUCAUAGGGAUCAAACUCCCCGUCUUGAGAGGUCUCCAUGUUUUCGUGGUCAACGUAGUGAUAGAAGAAAUGGAAGUCCCAGCUGUGUGGAGAAGUCUCCUAAUGACCGUUUAAGGAUGCAUGAUCGUAGGGAAAAAUCCCCAAGUUACUCUGGUUCCCCACAUGAUCGCAGUAGACUAUCUAAUCACUGUCAAACGAGCAGGAGUGAAGCUAGUGAGAUAAAGCAGAAUGAUAAAUUACCGGAAGAAAAGCCUACUGAGAACUUCCAUAAUGAUAAAGAUUUAACAGACUCGACCAAUGACCAUCUAGAUGCAAAUGGUACGCAGAAUGUUGUAGUUGGUGAAGUUAUUUCUUGCGAGACACAGGUUAAAGAUGAGCCUCGAAGUCCUGGCUUGGACGACAAGGAACAAUCUUCACUGGUUGAUGGAGCUUUUGGAGAGUCCAUGGAAGUAGACAUGGAUAUAUGUGACACACCACCCCAUGUCCCGUUUGUGGCUACUAUGAAUCCAGGAAAGUGGUACUUCCUUGAUCACCUUGGAGAAGAGCGUGGACCUUCUAGAUUAUGUGACUUAAAAUCACUUGUAGAAAAAGGAUUACUUAUGUCUGAUCAUCUGGUCAAGCACUAUGAUGGUGACAGGUGGGUGACUGUUGAAAAUGCAGCAUCACCAGCUGUGACUUCAAAUUUUACAACAAUUUUUUCAGAGACGGAUACGCAGCUGGUGAGCCCUCCUGAGGCUCCUGGAAAUGUACUAGCAGAUGUGUCUGUAGAUCAGGUUGGUAUGGAAGCUUUAGAUUCUUCUAUUCAAGGUGUGUCUGCUCAAAGUGACCAUCUUCCUGUUGAUGAGCAUGGAAUCGAUAAGAGAGUUGAUGCUUUUUUAGAAGGCGUCAGUGUUUUACCUGGAAGGGAACUCGAGAUUGUUGGAGAAGUUCUGCAGAUGACAUUUGAUCAGUCGGAGUGGGAGAGAUUUGGUAUUGCAGAAGGUUUUAUGCCGAAUCAUGCAUGCAGUCAAGAAACUCUUGAACAGAGUCAAGAGGAGGAUAUGCCAAGGUUUUUGGAGGCUACAUUAAAGGAUGCUUCUGAAUCCGCUUCUACUGCUAGUCUUGAUAAAGAAUGUUCUUAUGUUUUUAGUGAAUUUGCUGAAUGGUUUUCUAGUCGAUGGUCGUGUAAAGGUGGAGACUGGAAAAGGAAUGAAGAAGCUGGGCAAGACAAAUUCUUUAGAAAAAAAGUAGUGCUUAAUGAUGGUUAUCCUCUUUGCCUGAUGCCAAAAUCUGCUUUCGAGGAUCCACGGUGGCAGAAAAAAGAUGACUUGUACUACCCUUGUCAAAGCAAGAAGCUUGAUCUCCCACCUUGGGCAUUUUCUUGGGUUGAUGAGAGGAAUGAUUCGAGUGUUUCCAACAAGCUGGGUCAAGCAAAAUCUGUUGCUGUAAGAGGAGUCAAAGGAAGUAUGAUGCCAGUAAUUAGAAUCAAUGCAUGUGUUGUUAAAGAUCAUGGUUCAUCUGUCUCUGACUCUCGGUCAAAACCAAGAGGGAAAGAUAAAUAUUCUUCAAAGAGCACAAAGCAUUAUUCUUUGUCCAAUGAAAUGAAAAGAUCAUCCGAAGAUGUUUGUCAUUUAAGAAGCUUGAAGGAGCAAAGCACCAAAGGAUCUUGGAAAUCUAAUACUAUUAGUAAACCAAAAGACCGGAUCUGUACUGCAGAUGACUUGCAGUUGCACUUAGGUGAAUGGUUUUAUCUUGAUGGUACAGGGCAUGAACAUGGGCCAUUUUCAUGCUCGGCACUUCCAAAACUCGUUGAAGAAGGUUUUUUGAAGAAUAAAUGCAUUGUGUACCGAAAACUUGACAAAGUUUGGGUUCCAGUUUCUGCUGUUAUAAUGGCUACUGAGAAUAGUAGCAAACUCAUUACAGAAAUUGUCCCACCUAAUGGUGAAUUGUUUGAAGCAUCUGUUAUGCAUGGUGAUGAGAGUUCAAUUUCUAGUUCAUUUCAUAGCUUGCAUCCCCAUUUUAUUGGGUAUACUCUUGGGAAGCUUCAUGAACUUGUUAUGAAAUCUUAUAAGAGCCGUGAGUUUGCUGCUUCCAUAAAUGAGGUCUUAGAUCCAUGGAUAGUUUCUAGACAGCCGAGGAAGGAAAUGGAGAAGCACAGAAGCUCUCAUAAUCUUCUCAAGUCAUCCAUGGAUAAUGAAGCAUUUAUGAUUUCUGAGGAAGACAUGCAUGUUAAAAAAAGAGGUCGCACAUUAUCUUAUGGAGUUGAUGAAGACUACUAUUUGGCUGAAGGCUUUCCACCACUUUCUCAUAGGGAUCCCUCAUUUGAAGACUUGUGUGGUAGUAUUGCUUUUCGGAGAGAGAGUGAGUGUUCUAAAGCUGUCUCAGGGAGCUGGGGUUUACUGGAUGGCCAUAUUUUGGCACGCAUCUUUCAUUUUCUCAGAUCUGAUAUCAAAUCUCUGGUAUUUGCUUCUUCAACUUGCAAACAUUGGAGAUCUGCCACCUGUUUCUACAAAAAUGUUAGUGUACGGGUUGAUUUGUCAACAAUGGGAUCCAAGUGUACCGACUCUGUCAUUGGCAGUGUAAUGAGUGGUUACAAUAAGCAAAUGAUCAAGGUGUUGGUUUUAGAUGGUUGUACCAAUGUUACUUGUGCUGUGCUUGAAGAUAUUCUCCACUUUUUUAGUGGUAUAUCCUUUGUUGACAUUCGAGGUUGUAGUCAGUUUGAAGAGUUAACGAUCAAAUUUCCACUUGUAAAUUGGUUCAAAGGACGAUGUUCACAAGGGAUGAAAAGUUUUGAGGAGUCAAAUUGGAAGAGGAGGUGUUUGAAACAGAUGCCAGAGCAAUCUUCUGCAGUUGCCAAGUCUAGUCAUGGGAGUUAUAUGGAUGAAUCCAGUGGACUCAAAGAUUAUUUUGAUAUGGUGGAGAAAAGAGGUGCUGCUAAUCAAGCAUUUAGGCAGAAUUUAUAUAAGCGUACGAAGCUAGUUGAUGCUCGAAAGUCUGCUUUAGUCCUAGCUCGUGAUGCUCGUAUGAGGCAUUUGGCAAUAAAGAAAGCUGGAAAUGGAUACAGAAGAAUGGAAGAAUGUCUUGUUCUUAGCUUAAAGGAUAUUAUGAAGGGGAAUACAUCAGAAUUUUUUGAGCGCAAGGUUGCAGAAAUCCAGAACAGAAUCAAUAAUGGUUAUUAUGCUCGUCGUGGCUUGAGCAUUGCUAAACAAGAUAUCAUUAAAAUGUGCAGGGAGGCAAUAAAAAUGAAAAAUCGAGGUGAUGGAGGUGAUAUGGAGCAGGUCAUUCCACACUUUAUCAAACUUGGAGAACGUCUUGACGAGAGCUUUAAAACUGCUUUUGAUAAAAAUAAUAUGAUGAAAAAACAAAGAGAUGAAACUAGUGUGUCUUCUGCGUACAGGAAGUCUAAAACACCCACAGAGAGGAAAUACCCCAGCCGGGCAAAUGGUUCAUCUUUUAUUAAUGGGGGCUUUGAUAAUGUGGAAUGCUCAUCUGAUCGGGAGAUGAGAAAGAACCUUUCAAGAAUGAAUAAAAAAAUACACUUGGAAGGUGAAUCAUCUGAUGAAUACGAGUUAUCAUCAGAGGAUGAUGAAACUGAUACUGGAAGUGUCUCAGACGCUGAUAGUGAUUCAGAUGUCCGAUCUGGUGUUACUUUCGAGGCAAGAGAGGAUUACUUUACUGCAGAAGAGGCUUACGAUAUGACGCCUGAAGACCGUGAAUGGGGUGCUCGUAUGACGAAGGCCAGUCUUGUACCUCCUGUGACACGGAAAUAUGAAGUUAUUGAUGAAUAUGUUGUUGUAGCUGAUGAGGUUGAAGUGCAACGAAAGAUGAAAGUUUCGUUGCCUGAAGAUUACGACAAAGUGAAAGCCCAGACUAAUGGCUCUGAGGAGGUAGAUAUGGAAAUUCCAGAAGUAAAAGAAUAUAAACCUCGAAAACAACUUGGACAGGAGGUCAUUGAACAAGAGGUUUAUGGAAUUGAUCCAUACACGCACAACCUUCUUCUUGAUUCAAUGCCUGAGGAUGUGGAUUGGCCUCUGACAGAGAGACAUGCUUUUAUUGAAGAUGUUAUCCUUAGGAUUCUGAAUAAACAAGUUAGACACUUCACUGGUAGUGGAAAUACACCCAUGACAUACCCAUUAAAGCCUGUCAUUGAUGAAAUUCUAGCAUCAGCUAAGCAAGAUAAUGAUACAAGAACUGUGAAACUUUGUGAAGCUGUUUUUCAGGCCAUUGAUGGUCGCCCUGAGGAUAAUUAUGUUGCCUACAGAAAGGGGCUUGGUGUUGUCUGUAACAAACAAGCUGGUUUCACAGAGGAUGAUUUUGUCGUUGAAUUUCUGGGAGAGGUUUACCCUGCUUGGAAAUGGUUUGAGAAGCAAGAUGGAAUCCGUUCUUUGCAGAAGGAUAGUAAAGAACCUGCUCCUGAAUUCUACAACAUAUAUCUUGAGAGGCCAAAGGGUGAUGCUGAUGGCUAUGACUUAGUAGUUGUUGAUGCGAUGCAUAAGGCAAACUAUGCAAGUCGAAUUUGUCAUUCUUGUCGACCUAAUUGUGAAGCAAAAGUCACUGCUGUAAGUGGUCAGUAUCAGAUUGGCAUUUAUUCUCUUCGUCCAAUUGAAUUCGGAGAAGAAAUAACCUUUGACUAUAAUUCGGUGACUGAGAGUAAGGAGGAGUAUGAAGCCUCUGUUUGUUUGUGUGGUAGCCAAGUUUGCCGUGGAAGUUACUUGAAUCUGACAGGCGAAGGGGCUUUCCAAAAGGUGCUGAAGGAAUGGCAUGGAUUAUUGGAUAAGCAUCAGUUGCUACUGGAGGCAUGUGAAUUGAAUUGGGUCUCUGAAGAGGAUUAUAUUGAUUUAGGAAGGGCUGGUCUUGGACAAUGCUUGUUGGGUGGUUUGCCUGAUUGGCUGGUUGCUUAUGCAGCUCGGCUGGUACGAUUUAUAAAUUUUGAGAGAACAAAGCUCCCUGAGGAGAUAUUGAAGCAUAAUUUGGAAGAGAAGAACAAAUAUUAUGCAGAGAUAUCUCUUGAGUUGGAGAAAACUGAUGCUGAAGUACAGGCCGAAGGAGUUUACAAUCAGAGGCUUCAGAAUUUGGCUCUUACACUGGACAAGGUUAGGUAUGUCUUAAGAUGCGUAUUUGGAAAUCCGAAGCAAGCUCCUCCUCCACUGCAAAAGCUUAGUCCUGAGGAGAUGGUGUCUGUCUUGUGGAAUGGUGAAGGUUCACUAGUUAAUCAACUUCUUGAGUGCAUUGCUCCACAUAUUACUGAUCACAUGCUGCAGGAUCUUAGAGGGGAAAUCCGUACUCAUGACCCUUCUAAUUCUGGGAAUAUUGAGAAAGACCUCCAUAAAUCUCUAUUAUGGUUGAGGGAUGAGGUUCGCAAUCUUCCUUGUACAUAUAAAAGCCGACAUGAUGCUGCUGCUGAUGUGAUCCACUUAUAUGCUUACACAAAAAGUUUGUUUAAAAUUAUGGAAUACAAGAGAGUAACUUCACCUCCUGUUUACAUCAGCCCUCUUGAUCUUGGGCCUAAGUGUGCUAAUAAACUGUCAGGAGUGACAGAGUAUUGCAAGACUUAUGGUGAAAACUACUGUUUAGGACAGCUCAUUUAUUGGCACAACCAGGCUAAUGCUGAUCCAGAUCGUGUGCUUGUCCGAGCAAGCAGGGGCUGCUUAUCUUUACCUGAUAUUAGUUCCUUUUAUGCCAAGGCUCAAAAGCCAUCAAAGCAGCGUGUUUAUGGUCCAAGGACUGUGAGGUUUAUGCUUGCACGAAUGGAAAAGCAGCCUCAGAGACCAUGGCCGAAGGAUAGGAUAUGGUCGUUUGAGAAUACUCCUAAAUUUUUUGGUAGUCCUAUGUUAGAUGCUGUAUUAAAUAACUCUUCACUUGAACGCGAAAUGGUGGUUUGGUUAAAGAAUCGACCUGCCAUAUUCCAAGCCAUGUGGGAUCGGUGAACAUUUGACAAGUUACACUGCUAAUUUUAACAAUCUUCUUCUAGGAGUCCAUGCAUCAGUUUGGAGCCUCUUCUCCCAUAGCUGAUCCUUUGGUUCUGCCUGCAUUAGCAUCUACCAUUCUUGUGUACAUUCUUUUUCCUCUAUUUAGCUUGUGUAAUUUGUAUCACAUUAGGGCAUAGAAAAUUUUCCCUCCACUCAGUUUUUGCGAGUAGCUUAAUUAAUUUUAAACGCAUAAUAUUUGUCAAUAGAAAGAAAAAUUAGAUGGGAAAUAUGAUAUAGCAAGCCAUUCUUCAAUUUC